GCACCGAGCUCGGCGAGGCGGAUGGAGAGUCUGGCCGAGGCCGGCGGUGCCGCCUCCUCGUCGGGCUGGGGACGGCGGGCCGAGGCCUUUGUGUGAGGAGGCGGCGGCGACGGAGGCGGCGAUGGUGCUCUGGGUCCCGCGGAGCCGGAGCCCAUUGCCCUGCAGACGGUUGGAAAUUUAUCUUCUCAUGCUGUCCACAGAUUAAUGGUGCUGAUAAGGUCGAAACUUUAUAGGAUCUGCUAAAAUGGGCAUGAGGAUCAAACUACACAGCACCAAUCACCCCAACAAUCUACUGAAGGAGCUCAACAAGUGCAGGCUCUCAGAGACCAUGUGUGAUGUUACCAUUGUGGUAGGAAGCCGCUCAUUUCCAGCUCACAAGGCUGUGCUUGCCUGUGCAGCAGGUUACUUCCAGAACCUUUUCCUGAAUGCAGGGCUAGAUGCUGCCAGGACCUACGUAGUGGACUUUAUCACCCCAGCCAACUUUGAGAAAAUCUUGAGCUUUGUCUACACAUCAGAACUCUUCACUGACUUGAUCAAUGUGGGUGUCAUCUAUGAGGUAGCUGAGCGCUUGGGCAUGGAAGAUCUCCUCAAGGCUUGCCACUCCACUUUCCCUGACCUGGAAAGCACAGUUGUGACUAAGCCCCCAACCAGCUCCAGUGAAGGCCGUUCUAGCACCCAAAGCAGCACUUCAGCAGAACCAGCUCAUUCCCUUGGAGAACUCCGAAGUGUUGGAGACCAGUUUGGUCCUGACAGGAACUAUAUCUUGCACAGUGAUGUUGGGAUAAGCUAUAAAGAGGAGAGAAAUCCUUCCACUGACAGCAACCACAGUCUGCCUCUGUUACACCAGCCACCACCAUCUAAGACAGAAGAGCAUGACGCCCCUGUCCCAUUUACUUCAGUUACAAGCAUGGUUGCUCAGCCAGGCCUUGGUACCCUCAGUAUAGGCACACCAGCUAAUUCGAGCUCCUUCCAACCUUUCAAGGUUCAGAGCAAUGGGGACUUUGGCAAAAAUAGCUACUUUGCCCCUGAUAACCCACUGGAUAUCUCCACAGGGAGUAACUCCUGUCCAAGCAACAGUGACCACUCCAAAGAUCAGGGGUUUGGGCAAAUGGAUGAGCUGCAGCUGGAGGAGCUUGGGGAAGACGAUCUGCAGUUUGAAGAUCCUGGAGAAGACCUAGUUCCAACAGAUGAAGUGAUAGAGUUGAGUGAUGACAGUGAGGAGGAGCUCACGUUUGGAGAAAAUGAAAACCGGGAAAAUAAGGCCAUGCCCUGCCAGGUGUGUAAGAAAGUGCUAGAGCCUAACAUUCAGCUGAUCCGGCAGCACGCUCGGGACCAUGUGGACCUGCUGACAGGCAACUGCAAGGUCUGUGAGACCCACUUCCAGGAUCGAAACUCAAGGGUUACCCAUGUCCUGUCUCACAUUGGCAUUUUUCUCUUCUCCUGUGAUAUGUGUGAAACCAAAUUCUUCACCCAGUGGCAGCUGACCCUUCACCGAAGGGAUGGAGUAUUUGACAACAACAUUAUUGUUCAUCCUAGUGAUCCAUUACCUGGGAAGCUUGGUCUUUUUGUGGGGGGAACUAGCCCAGAGCUAAAAUGUGCUGCUUGUGGGAAGGUACUGGUCAGAGAUUUCCACAUGGUCCGGGGCCACAUUCUAGACCACUUAAACUUGAAGGGCCAAGCCUGUAGUGUUUGUGACCAGCGCCACCUCAGCCUCUGCAGCCUCAUGUGGCACACCCUUUCCCACCUGGGCAUUUCUGUCUUCUCAUGCUCUGUCUGUGCCAAUAGCUUUGUAGACCGGCAUCUCUUAGAGAAGCACAUGGCUGUUCACCAGAGCCUGGAAGAUACACUCUUCCACUGCCACUACUGCAGCCAGAGCUUCAAGUCAGAGGCUGCAUACCGCUACCACGUCAGCCAACACAAGUGCAGUGGAGGAAGCAGCCUUGACUCCAGGUCUGGUUUUGGAGAUCGAUUACAGCACCCAGCUUUUCAGAAGCGGAAACUGCCCUCGGAUGAGUUCCUGAGUGAAGAGCUGGCCCUUCAGAGCCAAUCUGGCAAUAGCAAGUAUAGCUGCAAAGUAUGUGGCAAAAGGUUUGCCCACACAAGUGAGUUCAACUACCAUCGGCGAAUACACACAGGAGAAAAGCCCUACCAGUGCAAGGUGUGCCAUAAGUUCUUCCGGGGCCGGUCGACCAUUAAGUGCCACCUGAAAACACACUCAGGUGCCCUCAUGUACCGCUGUACGGUCUGUGGUCACUACAGCUCCACCCUCAAUCUCAUGAGCAAGCACAUAACUGUGCAUAAGGGUAGCCUUCCACCCGACUUCACCAUUGAACAGACAUUCAUGUACAUUAUCCAUUCCAAAGAGGCGGAGAAGAACCUGGACAGCUGAUUGGGCCACAUUAGACCUGAGGGCCUGGUCCCCAAAAAGUAGCCAGGAUGUUGCUUUUCCAAUGGCCUGUUGGCCCUUGACUGAAGUUACAAUUUGCCUUGCUAGGAAUUCCAAUUCACGUUGUGUUAAAGGAAGAAAGGAAAGAAAUAGCACACAAACUGAGAAAUCAUUUUUGAGAAGCAAUGACCCUACCAUGUUUACCUCCACACCUGCUCGUGGCCGGCAGAGACCACGUUUUUGGUUCUUUGGGGAGCUGGGAUUGCGAUCUAGUCACAGAGACAGGAAUUGGUUUCAACUAGGUCCUUACUCCCCACUCUCUAGUUUUAGUUCACUGUUAGGUUUUAUGCUGCUAAGAAUCCAACCCACAGCCUCAAUGAAAAGGGGAGGUGAGAAGAAGUCUUCAAACUGCUUUUUAGUUUCACUGUAGGCAUUACCACAGCUCUGUGGUCUCCAGCAGGAUUAACCAGUUCCAAGGAUGAUUCCAGAAAUAUGGUCAUUCAGAGAAUCCAACUAGUCAGGGCAGCCCACCUUGAAUUCUGAGUGCUAGCCUUUAAGGUAUUGGUGCUAGCCUGCCACACAGACUUACCCAGAGUCCCUAUAAGUGUUAAGGGCUUUGUAUUUAGAAAAAGGAGAAAAGCAGAAAGUUUAGAGAUGGUAAAGCCUAGCCCAGAAGGAGUUAAUCCUGUAGAGCCAUUUGAACCUGGGUGUAGGUGUGGGCAGUAAGGUGAAUUUCUUCCCUCCUCAUUUCCAAAGAAGAAUGGUUUUAGGGCAUGCCAGCCAAGGCUUUCAGGACCUCCCCAAGGGGACAGGGAUAACAAACCACCCUAAUGUAAACAUCUACCAUUCUGGUGUCCUCUCCUUCCAUGGGUAUGAGAAGAUGAACCUUGGGCACCCUGCAGGAGAGGUUGUAACAUAUUUGUUAGCAGUAACUUUGCCUUAAUUUUCAUCUAGUCUCCUGCCCAAAAGUGUAUGAAUUGGCCCAUAGUUAAGAUGGGGAAAAAAAACCUGUUGUGAUGGAGUGGUUAGUCCUCUGUGAGUCCUUCAGAGUUGAUGGGACCAGUUAAUAAUAGUGGCAUUUUAUUGGUGGGGUGUAAGUUUUUACUGUCUGUUUUAAUCAGGUAACAAUUUUUUGGUUUUGUUUCUUUUUACAUGCACUAACAGGCAAGCAGUGCUUUAGUAGCCCACCUUUUACUUGUUAGAAUUCAUCCCGAUCUGUCCUUGUGUCACCCCUAGGGGGUACUGUUGGAUGGACCUAACCAGUCUGCACACAGGAACUGGCUGAUCCUCAUUUUAUUUUGUUUAUGAAAGGGUCAUGCCCAAAGAAGGAGGGAGGGAGGGAUCCCUCUGAACUUGAUCUUGCAUGUUCACAAGGUAGCACCCUCAUCCAGAGUUGCCCUCAGUAACUCAUACUACCUCACCCAGAGCGAAUGCACUGGGAGUUCACAGCCACAGCCCCACACACUGCCACCUGUGUGAACUUGGCAACACCCAGUGCCAUUUCACAAGCAAGUGAUUUUAAUUAACCCUCAAAGCCUUUUUAAAGUUUAAUAUUUAUUAUUUUUGUAUACAGAUCAUCCAGCAUCUGCUUUGUAUGACAGAUUUCAGGAAAAAUGAGGUUCCCAGAGGUGAGUGGUCACAUCCCAGGAAGAAGUUCUAAUCCAGGGAUUUUGGUGACAGGGGCACAAGCCAGCAGAGAACAAGCCAAAUAGGUCCUAUCCUAUCCUAAUCUGUACUGAGAGGUGCCCUUCUCUCACAAAUGGGGGAAUCAUUUCCCUUUCCCCAAAUAGAUUCCUCCCUAUGGUAAUAAUCCUAGAUCACACUUUCAACAAUGGCCUAACCUUCUAGGCGUUUGGGAACAAAGAACACCCUAAUGAUGGAAAUUUGUGAACUUCCUAUUUCUUUCAUUCCUCUUCCCAAAUUCCCAGAUGGAGUUACCUGAGAGAGGUUUCUAAGGAAGGCAGGGGACCUGCUUUGGUAGGACAGUGAUUUCUUGGUGGACAGCUUUGAACCCCUUUUAAAUUAGGAAAUUGUCAUUUCCCUUUUAAUAAAUAGCAAGAUGGGCAAGCCAAAGUUCCCCAUUGACUGACUUGCUGAUUCUUUGCUUCAAGGUGCUGUUGUUUAUAAAUGGAACCCCUUUUCUAGCCCUGAAACAAUGAAAGCAGUAUCUUAACUCAGAACAACUCUUUUUCUAUAGCGUCUGUUCAGGCAGUUGGGAUAUGGUGGUGAGGGGACAUGAACAGGAACCAUUGUAGGUCCACUUUCUACUUUCUACCACUAACCUGUUAGAGUCUUACUUGAGAGGCUCUUACUGUGAAAGUUGUACUCAUCUGAAGGUGAUGGUGCCCCUUUGUGGUGGACAGGCCCUUCCUUUUCCCCUUGCCUUCAUCAUUAUAAAUAUAAAAGAUUGACUUGAUGUAAAAGUUAGAGAUGAUCAGGCAUCCACCAAACUUGCCUACCCUGAGUAAGUUUCUCUCCCUUUUGUGCCCUACCUCUCUCCCCAUCCCCAACUCCCAGCUGCAGUUGGAAAGUAGGUGAUUCUUAGACGGCAGGAUUUAGAAGAAGCAAUACUAACUAGGGCCUAGUCAAAGGGACAUGCUAGAGAAAUCCCUUUUUUGUAUCUAAGAACUUGGGUGCUGAGUGGUCUGUGAAUUUUAACUGAAACUGUGAAGUUUUUGUUUUCUUUUAGUAAACCAAAUAAAAAUAUGCCCCAGAAGCUUUCCCCCUAAAACACUAAGCAGAAGACUGUAGUCCCUCGUUUCUGGCCCAAAGCUAGGAGGGAAAACCAUGCCCAUAGCAUUUGUCCCCUACUGAAAGGGUGGUGAUUGUGUGCUCAGUCCCAGUCAGACAUGUAGCAGCACCAGUAGCUAGUGAGGCUUCUUGACCAAACCCCUGUGCUCUGUACUCACCCAUAUUCAUUCUUGGACCUCUUCUUUGCGUUUGGGACUUUCUGUUUCCUCUGCCUUUCAGCCCAUUUUGUUUUGAACUGGUUCUUUUAUAACACCGUAAUCUUGUAGCAAGGGAUACUCCAGUAGAGUAUUUUUUUUUUAAUUUGGUGUCUGGUUUACAGCUUUCUGAUUCAUUUGGCUUUUUUAUCCCCCCUUCUUGGAACAGUAUUCUACCCUCAUGUGCUGUCUAGUCUCUUGAUGCUGAGUUUCCUCUGUUCUUCCUUAUCCCUGUCCUGCCAACCCAGGGUCUGUGUUCAGAAUUUAAGAAGUCUACUCAGUCCCCAUAGCUGGUUAGGAAUAGAGGCCUGGUCAAGUCAGGCCCUUUUCUGGGAGAAAGAGGCCCCUGGAAGGUUUGGAAGAGGGUCAGCAUUCUCCCUGACUUCCUCUCCUGAAAUGUGAAUGCAUCCUCCUGUUCUUGAGAAAAGGCUUGUGGUACCAGGUACCUUCUUCUCAACAGAUUUUUUUUUUUCUUUUUUGCUACUGAUGAAUUCUCCCCCAACCAUUUCAUCUGGCCUCUGGUUCCCUAUUCCAUGGGCUGCUCAGCUUUGGAAGUGAAAAAUGUUAUUUAAAGCUAUUUAUGUAGAUGGACACACUGAAUUUUCUAGAUGGGGGCAAGGGAUCUUGAAUGACAUGGAAGCCCCCACAUAGCUCUUCUGGCUCUGUCCCUAAAUCUCGUACCGAGAGGAGCACAGAUAGGAAAUAGCAACUCAGUGUUAGUUUCCAUGUGAUGACCCAUUUUAAAGUCAACAUCAGGAUGAAAAUGAAAUUGAAUUUUGAUUUUGAUGUUUCCUUAAAAUCCUUUCCCUUCCCAACCCAUCCUUCCUUGCUCCUAUUUCUGAAGGCUCUUUCAUAAAGCAGAGAAGAGUUGUCAUUGACAUCUAACCCCUUUCAUUAAAUUAAUUGUAGGUACUGACCUCCUAAUAUUUAAGUGUUUACUAUCUAUUGCUGUAAAGUUUUGUAUAUUUUGUAAACUUUUUUCCCAAAUAGUAGAUGUCUAAAAUCGUUGUACAUCUGAUUCUUUUAUACUCCAUUGUUCAGCACAAA